AUGGAAGCCCAACGAAAAUUGGAAAUCAAAUUUUUGGACGAAAAAGAAGGCUGGCAACUUUUCAAGGAUACGUCAGGGAUUUCUGAUGAUGAAACUGAUAACGAACUCUUAAGUGUGGCCAAAAAAGUUGCAAAAGAAUGUCGAGGUCUACCUCUUGCCCUAGUGGUUGUUGGGAAAGCACUGAAAAGCAAUAAGGCCACGUAUAAAUGGAGAGAUACACUUCUACAGCUACAGUCUUGUGUUACCAAUCUUAACAUAAUGGAGAAUAUCGUGUACAAGAGUAUAAGACUGAGCUACAACUAUCUGGAAAGUAAUGAAGAGCGGGAUUUGCUUUUGCUCUGUUCUCUAUUUGCUGAGGAUGAAAGAAUUCCAAUUGAAAAUUUGGUUCGCUAUGCAAGGGGGCUAGAGUUGUUUCAAAAUACUGAAACACUCUCCCAAGCCCAAGAUCGAGCUAAGACAGUUGCCGAUAAACUAAAAGGUUGUUAUUUAUUGCAACUGGGUGAGGGGGAAGACGAGGUAAAAUUGCAUGAUGUUAUCAGAGAUUUUUGCUUAAAGAUGGCAACUAAAGACAAAUGUGGAUAUCUGGUAGACCACACUGGUUUGAAAGAGUGGCCAGAACAUGAUACUGAUAACUCGUGCAGUGCUAUCUCAAUUACGUUUGAUAAGCUGGAUCAACUUCACAGCGGGUUGAAACAUCGAAACGCUAAGUUGCUACGGGUGAUAUGUCGCUGGUUGGGAGAAUGUAACAUUGUCGAAGAAUUUUUUGAAGAUAUGAAGGAACUCAAAGUUCUUGAAUUGAAUUUGAUGAACAUUCAAAUUCCAUCAUCAAUUCAAUUGUUAACGGGUCUUCGAACUUUGUGCUUGAUUGAGUGUGGAAUACAUUCUCAAUUGUCAAUAAUUGGGAGUCUAAAGAAGUUGGAAAUUCUCUCUUUCUAUUUGUCUCAUUUCCGUGAUUGUUUUCCCAUUGAAUUAGCGAAUCUUAGCAACCUAAGGUCACUUGACUUAAGGUUUCAGGAGAUAUCUUGUCCACUUCGGCCUGGUGUUUUGUCAGGUAUGAAGAAACUUGAAGAGCUAUAUUUGGGAGAUAGCAUUCCAAUAGAAGGAGAAGACCAGAAGUACAUAAUUGAAGAGUUAUAUUCAUUGACUUCUGUUCAUACUUUUCAAAUUUCCACACUUACUCCGAUUCUGAUGCAACUACUAAAAGUACCGUUCCUCGAGAAUUUGAAAAAAUUUCAAAUCCUCGUAACCACAACACCACGAGGCGAUUUUGAAAAUCAAUAUUUGACAAGGAGCUUGAGUCUCGAAGACGGUAUUGAUGCAAGUAUGCUUUUGGAACCAGCAUUUACCUCGUUGAUGAAGAGGACUUAUCAUCUUCGGAUUGAAGCAAACAAGGUAUUGAAGAAUCUUGUGAGUGAGUUAGAUGGAAAUAAUUUCAUUAACUUGAAGAGUCUGUUUCUAUCACGAGGCGAUUUUGAGUAUCUUAUUGAUGCCACCAACACUAUUCCAAAUGGCAACUUCGGUAAACUGGAGACUCUCAAAUUGGAACGUUUACCCAAGUUAAUAAAGAUAUACAAUGGAAAUCUUCCAAGGGUUGUCCUCGAACAACCAUUGUUCUAUAACCUCGUGACGGUUGAUAUCCACUUUUGUGAUGCAAUUACAAGCUUGUUUCAAGAGUCAGUUGCAAAAUGCUUGGUAAAUCUCCAAAGACUAGACAUAUCAUCAUGUCCGAUGUUAGAGGAAGUCGUUUCAAUGGACGUGCGAGAAAAUAAGGUUGCCAAAACUAGCGAAAUGCUUGAGUUUCCAAAACUGAAAGAAGUCCAUCUAAAUUCUUUGAGUAGAUUUAAGAGCUUCACAUCUCAAUCAAAUAGCGAUGUUGUUAGUCGAGCAUUGUUCAACCAGGUUACGUUGCCUAACAUGCAUAUUUUGGCUGUUGUUAAGUUGGAUUGUAUUGUAAAGCUACUAGGCAAGGAAACGCCAAUAACAUCUCUGCAUAAACUAAGAUUUCUGCGUGUGUCAAUUUGUAAAGAAUUGCUGACCGUUGCAGAAUCUGAUUCAAUUCAGUUACUGCAAAAUCUUGCAGGAUUUUAUGUGUCCAGCUGUUAUGCACUUAAGGUAUUGUUGGACUUUGAGGGUAUAAAAGUCACUAAUGAUGAUGCAGAAAUUAAUAUGCUUGGUCGAUUAACAGUAUUGCAUCUCAACUUCCUACCAAAAUUGGUACACAUUACAAGGAUGGUUCCAAAAAGAAUUUGUGUCUUCCAAAAUUUGACAGAUCUUCGUGUUAUGUACU